AUGGGUUACCCCGACGAGUUUGAAGGCUUCAUGGUUGAAGACCACAAAAAAUGGACCGAGUUCAAGAAGAAGACAUUCAAACCAAAAAAGUUCGGCGACCACGACAUUGAUAUCAAGAUCGAGUGUUGCGGUGUCUGCGGCUCCGACGUCCACACCAUCACCGGCGGCUGGGGUGGAGCUCCUCUACCUCUCUGCGUUGGCCACGAGGUCGUCGGUCACGCCGUCAAGGUUGGCUCGGAAGUCAAGAGUGUCAAAGUGGGAGACCGUGUGGGCGUGGGCGCUCAAAUUUGGGCUUGUCUCAAGUGUCCUCAAUGCAAGAGCGACAACGAGAACUACUGCCCGCACCAGGUCGACACAUACGGAGCACCCUACCCAAAGGAGGCUGAUCCGGACGAGACCAUUUCGCAGGGCGGAUACUCCUCACAUCUUCGAGCCCACGAAUACUUUACCUUCCCUAUCCCCGACGAGAUCCCCUCUGAGGUCGCCGCGCCCUUGCUGUGUGCCGGCUUGACAACCUACUCUCCUCUCGUGCGGGCGGGAAUGGGUCCGGGCAAAAAGGUGGCCGUGGUCGGCAUGGGUGGCCUGGGUCACUUUGCAGUCAUGUGGGCCAACGCUCUUGGUGCCGAGGUCACGGUCAUCUCUCACUCGCCCCGCAAGAAGGAAGAUGCCCUGAAGCUGGGCGCAAAGGAGUUCGUGACAAGUGGCGAAAAGGGCUGGGCCAAGAACUAUGCCUUUGCGUUUGAUUUCGUCCUCAACACCGCCGACAUGACGCACGAGUUCGACAUUGCUGACUACCUGUCCAUCUGCAAAGUCAAUGCGCCCUUCCAUCAAGUCGGUCUUCCGGACGAGCCUCUGCCCCGUUUCCCGCCACAGGCAUUCAUGGCCAACGGCAGUUCAAUCGGCGCGAGUCACAUCGGUAGCAGACCCGAGUGUUUGGCCAUGUUGAAGCUGGCGGCAGAGAAGAAACUCUUCCCAUGGGUCGAGACCAUCCCCAUCUCAGAAGCUGGAUGCUCCGAAGCUGUGUCGCGAGUCUACAACGGCAAGGUCCGCUACCGUUUCACCCUGACGGAUUACGACAAGGCUUUUGGUCCUCGUGACUAG